AGCCCGCGAGGAGAAAGAAGAAGAAAUCAAAGAAAUUGCUCCCUCCCCUCCUUGUCCUUCCUCCUCUGCAGGGUGCAGUGAUGGAGUGCUGCUGCUGCUGUCCUACCAAACUUUUACUACCACCAGCUGCCUGCUCGCCUUUCCCUUUCAUCUUCUUGCCUCCUCUCUCUCUCUCUCUGCUCAGUGCUCACUCCUCCAUUUCUUCUAAUCUGGGUGAGGAGCUGAGGUGUGCCUGUGCGGCGGUGAGCUUGCAGCUAGCGACCUGCCGUUGAUCUUCUCUGUCUGCUGCUGCCGGCGGCGACCAUGAAGGGCGUCGACGACGCAUUCCUCGGCGUCGGCGACAAGCCGGGACUGGACAUUUGGUGCAUCAUGGGUAGCAAUCUAGUUGCAAUUGAAAAACCAAUGCACGGCAAGUUCUACACUGGGAACACCUACAUCACACUGAGUACUGUUGAGCUCAGAAGCGGAGUUCGGCAACACAAUGUGCAUUACUGGGUAGGGGAUGAAGCCAAAGAGGAAGAUUAUCUGAUGGCCUCUGACAAGGCUGUUGAGUUGGAUGCAGCAUUGGGCUCAAAUACAGUCCAAUAUAGGGAAACACAAGGCGAAGAAUCUGACAAGUUCUUGUCAUACUUUAAACCAUGCAUCAUCCCUAUACAAGGUAGCUUGUCUUCACACAUGAGAAUAUCUGGAGAUAAAUCAAACCAGACCACAAUGUUUAUGUGCGAAGGGGAGCAUGUAGCUCGUGUAACAGAAGUACCAUUUUCACGGUCCUCCCUAGAUCACAAAGCUGUGUUUAUUGUCGACACACAGUCAAAGAUCUUUGUUUUCAGUGGCUGUAAUUCUAGUUUGCAAACAAGGGCUAAGGCCUUAGAUGUUGUUCAGUACCUCAAAGAGAAUCGACAUUGUGGCAGAUGUGAGAUUGCGACAAUAGAGGAUGGGAAGCUUGUUGGUGACUCUGACGCUGGUGAUUUCUGGAACUUAUUUGGAGGAUAUGCUCCUAUUCCCCGUGAUGUAGAAGACACAACCAUGACAGAGCUGAUGACAACCUCAUCCAAGAAACUAUUUUGGAUUAACAAGAGAAACCUUGUUCCUGUGGAGACACAUCUGUUAGAAAGAGAAAUAUUGAACUCAGACAGAAAUUACAUUCUGGACUGUGGCACCGAAGUAUUCCUAUGGAUGGGUAUGACAACACUUGUUUCAGAGAGGAGGACAUCGGCUACUUCCUUGGAAGAUUACAUGCGUUGUGAAGGAAGGCAAUCGAAUGCACGUUCCAUUAUAUUGACAGAAGGUCAUGAAACAGUUGAAUUUAAGAUGCAUUUUCAGCAUUGGCCCAAGAAUGUUGUUCCAAAAUUAUAUGAGGCAGGGCGGGAGAAGGUGGCAGCAAUUUUCAAACAUCAGGGAUAUGAUGUCACAGAAAUUCCAGAGGAUAAACCUCGUUACAUCAUCAGUUGUAAUGGUAGUCUGAAGGUGUGGUUAGUGGAUGAUGGUUCUGUGUCCCUGCUUUGCACCGAGGAGCAGGAGCAACUAUACAAUGGGGACUGCUAUAUCAUACAGUACAGCUAUGUCGAAGAUGGAAAAGACUAUCAUUUGUUCUUUGCUUGGUCUGGACAGAACAGUGUAAAUGAAGAUAGAGUUGCAGCAACAUCACUAAUAUCAGGCAUGGCUGAUUCAGUAAAAGGGCAUGCAGUUGUGGCGCAAGUAUUUCAGGGCAGAGAACCAGAAAUGUUUUUCCUAGUGUUCAAGUCACUGAUCAUAUUCAAGGGGGGCAGGAGUAUGGGACAUAAGAACUUCGUUUCUCAGAGAAGUGAUAUAAAUGGAUCGUACCAGAAACAAGGAGUUGCUCUAUUCCGGGUUCAAGGGCUGAAGCAUGAUUGCAUACAAGCUAUUCAGGUUGAUCUGGAUGCAAGUUCACUUAAUUCUUCACAUUGUUACAUCUUGCAAGCCGGCGAUUCUUUCUUUACCUGGCUAGGGGGCCUUUCUUCACCGAGCGACCACAAUCUACUGGACAGGAUGAUGGAUAAGUUGUGUCCACUGAAACAAUCAAUGUUAGUAAGAGAAGGUUCUGAACCUGGUCACUUCUGGGAAGCAUUAGGUGGAAGAUCAGAAUACUCGAAAGAAAAGCAUGUCAAAGAUUGGCCUGCAGAUCCACGCCUGUAUACUUGUUUUUUUGAACAAGGUCUUUUCAAGGUAAAGGAGGUAUUCAGCUUCUCCCAGGAUGACCUGGCAACUGAAGAGAUAUUGAUACUGGACUGUGUUGAAGAAUUCUAUGUCUGGGUUGGACUGCACUCUGGUGUUUUAUCCAAGGAUCAAGCUCUUGAUAUCGGCAAGAUGUUCCUUCAGGCAGGAAUUCAUCAGGAAGGACGACGAUCAAUCGACACAACCAUGUAUAUUGUCAUGGAAGGGGAUGAACCCAAAUUUUUCACGAGUUUCUUCAACUGGGACUAUUCCAAGCAAGCUAUGCUUGGCAACUCAUUUGAGAGGAAGCUGGCAAUCCUGAAAGGGGUUUCACAAAAACUAGAGACACCGGAGAGAAGUAUCCGCAAGUCGUCGUCUUUGCUGACGAGAAGGGCGCCGCCAGGCACGUCGUCGGAGCCGGCCACGCCGGAGCAGCGAGCAGCAGCGAGGCCAUUCAGCUCGGCCUCCACCGGGAGGCUCGCAAGGGAGAGAUCACCGGCUGCUUCUACCGCUGCAUCAUCACCGUCACCGUCGUUGUCGUCGACGCCGUCGCCGUCUCCAAGGAGCCGCUCCUCCGCCUCCUCGUCGCCGUCGUGGAACUCGACGCCGACCACCGUCGCGCGGAGGCUCUUCCCGCCUUCGUCGGAGGCCGCGCGUCACCCGGUCGCCACCGGGUCCCCUCGCCGGCGGUGAGCCACUGCGGCAAGCGAUCUCCUGCAUGCCUGUAUUAAGAAUUGCAGAUUCAGAUUCAGAUCAAAUUCAGAACA